AUGAGAGACGCUUGCAUGUUGCCAUUCACGAAGGAGCAGAUAGUUACUACAGGUGACUACUGUGAGGCAUACAGUUCUAAACUACCGAUAUCAAUUCUGGAGCAAAUCCACUUUACGGACAAGCUGUCCCAGGAUGAGGUCGUCAUGGCGCCAUCCCCAUCGCAGUGUGCGUGGCUGAUGGGCUUCACCCAAUCUCUAGCCCCUAAGCGAAUCCUCGAACUUGGCACCUUCACUGGAGUCAGCGCUCUCGCCUUCUAUGAGGCUUCGAAGAAGACCGAGGCCGAGAUCGUGAGCAUGGACAUGUCGGAAAAAUACCUCGGGUAUGCCCAGGAAGCUUUCCGUCGCUAUGGUGCUUCGGAUCGUAUCAGCACCGUCCAGGGACCUUGCCUUGAAAUGCUCCCUACUUUGACUGGUCAGUUUGACCUGAUCUACAUUGAUGCGGCAGAGGAAGAAUAUGAGGCCUACACCCGCUACAUUCUGGACAACAAACUUCUUUCUCCGCGUGGAGUGAUUCUGGUGGACGAUGUGCUUCUGGAAGGUCUGGUAGUUGACCGAUCAAUUGCGGAAAAAUUUCCCAAACACAUUCAAGAGCCAUAUCUCGCAAUUGCGGACAAAAUGAAUGAGUUCAACAAGUACGCGGCCUCUGAGCCCCGCGUGAUUACGACCAUGAUCCCUAUCUUCAAUGGCGUCACUCAAAUCAUGUGGAAGUAA